CUUCUUCUUCUUCUUCUUCUUCAUCUCUCUCUUCUCUCUCUCUUUCUCUCUUCAUGGCUACUAGGAUUCCAUUCACAGAAUCACAAUGGGAAGAGCUUGAAAACCAAGCUCUUGUGUUCAAGUACUUAGCCUCAAAUGUUCCAGUUCCACCUCAUCUUCUCUUCCUCAUCAAAAGACCCUUUCUCUUCUCUUCUUCUUCUUCCUCUUCCUCUUCAAGCUUCUUCUCUCCCACUCUUUCUCCACACUUUGGGUGGAAUGUGUAUGAGAUGGGAAUGGGAAGAAAGAUAGAUGCAGAGCCAGGAAGAUGUAGAAGAACUGAUGGCAAGAAAUGGAGAUGCUCCAAAGAAGCUUAUCCUGACUCUAAGUACUGUGAGAGGCAUAUGCAUAGAGGCAAGAACCGUUCUUCCUCAAGAAAGCCUCUUCCUCUUCCUCCUCCUACUCAAUUCACACCAAAUCUCUUUCUCGACUCUUCCCUAUCUUCUUCCAGAAGAAGGAGAAGUGGAUACAUGGAUGAUUUCUUCUCCAUAGAACCUUCCGGGUCAAUCAAAAGCUGCUCUGGCUCAGCAAUGGAAGAUAAUGAUGAUGGCUCAUGUAGGGGCAUCAACAACUUUUCUAACGAGGAGAAGAACCCGGAUCGACAUUGCUUCAUCCUUGGUACUGACUUGGGGACUUGUGAGAGGCCAUUGAUGCUUGAGGAGAAGCUGAAACAAAGAGAUGAUGAUGAACAAGAGCAAGGUAGCAAGAGGUUUUAUAGGUUUCUUGAUGAAUGGCCUUCUUCUAAGUCUUCUGUUUCUACUUCACUCUUUAUUUGAUCAUCUUUUGUUUGUAACCUUCUGUUUCUUGGUAAGUUGGUAAUGCAAGCAAAUUCUCUCACUUAUUUUUUUUUGUUUAAUUAAUUAGGAUUUUUUAA